ACAUGGCUCCUUGUCGCGUGUGAAGCUCAAUGAUGCCAAAAGUCUCGGAUAUAAAGUUUCCAGGAGGAUGUAAGACUCUUCCAGAAGGCUUCUGGUCCGCUGUGGAUGUGUGGAUACAGAAACCCCACGUUGUAAACAAGCGUCUCUGCGGGGCUAAAGAGACGGAGAGGAAAGAGGUGAACGCGGAGGACCUGCUGCACGGUCCCCUCGCGGAACUGUCUCAGGAUGUGUUGUCCCUCCUGAGCAGCAGGUUGUCCCCUGCACAGACACACCAGCAGGACAAACCCUGGUGCUCGACGGUCAGGACAUUUAUUCCCAAAGUGAACAGUUACGGGACAAGCCUGCAUAAAGAAGUUGUGCUGAGAGACUUUGCCAGACAACAAGUGACCUUCCUUCCCCUGGAGGAGGACGCAGAAGGCCAGGUGUCUCUGAAGAAGAGCAACAUCUAUCAGAUUCAGCUCUGCAGUCAGGACUGUGAGGACUGGUCCUUGGAGCUGCAUGUCUUGACUCCAGGCGCCUGGUUCUCUGAUGGCGUGGCGUACCCGAAGCUCCCCUGGCUGUCCUCAGAUCUGCUGCCUAAACUGGUGCGCUGGGCCACCGAGUGCAAGAGCAGCGAGUUCAAGAGCACCUUGUCUCUGCUGCCGGUGGAAAAGUACAGCCUCGUGUACCAGCAGCUGAAGGAGAAGUACAAGGCCAUGGUCAAGGUUUGGCCUGAAGUGACAGAUCCUGAGAAGUUUGUCUAUGAGGAUGUUGCCAUAGCGACAUAUCUCCUGGUGCUGUGGGCUGAGGAGCGGGCGGAGAAAGGUCUCACUGGCAGACAGUCCUUUGUGGACCUCGGCUGUGGAAACGGCCUCCUGGUUCACAUACUGACCAAUGAAGGGCACCCUGGAAAGGGUAUCGACGUUCGGAGGAGGAAGAUCUGGGACACGUACGGCCCCCAGACUGUGCUAGAGGAAAAGGCAAUUACUCCCAGUGAGAGCUUCUUAUUCCCGGGUGCGGACUGGCUGAUUGGGAACCACUCGGACGAACUCACACCGUGGAUCCCCGUUAUAGCAGCCAGGUCGUCUUACUCCUGCCGCUACUUCGUUCUCCCCUGCUGUUUCUUUGACUUCUAUGGAAAAUACCAGAGACGCCAGUGCAAGAAGUCUCAGUAUAAAGAAUACAUCGAUUUCAUCACUGAGGUCAGCCAAGUCAGUGGCUUCAACACUGAAGAGGACUGCCUGAGAAUACCGUCUACCAAACGGGUGUGUUUGGUAGGAAAGUCGAGAAGCUACCAGCUACGUGAUGAGGCCGAGGCAGAGCGACGGAGAGCUCAUUACGUCCAGAGGCGACAGACCACACCCGGGGUCACAAUUCAAUGGUCAGUCAUCGGAAAUGAUGGGCAUUGUUGCCACGGGAACGCAGACAGUGACAGGACCCCCAGAAGCAGCUGGGGAGCCGGGUUCCAGCCCAGAGACAGGGUUGAAAUGGUUCGAAACUGCGCUGCUCUCCCCCGGGACUUUGUUGACGGCGUUGUCCUGCAGGUUGCUAAUGCUCUUCUGGGAAUGACUGUGGAUGACGGCGGGGGGUCCUCCGCUGACUGGAACCGAGGAGGCAGCCUCUCUGUGAGCGAGGUCGCCGGCCUGUUGGAGCAGGAAACCCUGCAGCUCCUGAAGAAGGAGUGUGGAGGCCUCCAGACGCUGCUCAAGAACAACCAUCAAGUCUUCAGAGUGGAAGGAGGGAGGGUGUAUAUAAGAGACUGGCGGGACAGGAAGUCAUCCAGGGCGGAUACCAAGAGGAAGCCCGUUGCUCCUGGCGCCCUGAAAACUCGUCCCUGCUGGUUUCACACCCACCACCCUCAGGGCUGCCCUCUGCAGGCUGAACACUGCGCCUUCGCCCACGGACCUGAUGACCUCCGACCCUCAACCAGACCUCUGAAGAAGAUAAAAAAUGAUGCCUCCUGAUUGGAGUAUUCAUCCUGGACACUUUAUUUAUUAUUCAUUUGUUUUUUAACUUGCUCCCAACAAUAAAUGGACCCCUGAGUUAAAUAGUGGUGAGUAACUAGAUUUCGAAUUAACAGUAAACGCUCCAUCCAUCAAUAGUUGAACCUGGUGUGAAAAACUCCCCAUGUCCACUCCUGCAGCCACAGAGAGAGAGAGAGAGAGAGAGAGAGAGAGGAUUACCUCCGAGCAGUGUGAGUUUUAUUGAUGCGAUGUUACAUCAUUUCUGGGAAUUGAGGUCUUGAAAUUUCACAGCGUCCUCUCUCUUCUGUGUGAGACCUGCCAAAAUGUGAUGCUUCCUGGUGCAGCUUAAGGUUUCCAGUGUUGGAGCUCGCUGCCACCUCUGGGUUAUCUGCCGGAAUUUAAUUUCAAAGGAUUCUCAGGCCUUUAUAUUUACUUAUUUAAGAAGUGGACUUUUAUAAGGUUCAGAUAUCCACACUUAAUGUAUCUCAAAUGGAUUUCAAGCAGCAUCUUUGUAUUUAUUUGGAGAUUAUGAAGAAUCA